GGACGGACGUCCCGCCCUCUGGCAGUUCCCCGGCUGAGGCGGGGCGGCAGGAGCUAUGGCUGGUGUGACCGAUGUGCAGCGGCUACAGGCCCGUUUGGAGGAGCUGGAGCGCUGGGUGUACGGGCCCGGCGGGUCGCGCGGCUCGCGGAAGGUGGCUGAUGGGCUGGUCAAGGUGCAGGUGGCUUUGGGGAACAUUGCCAGCAAGAGGGAGCGGGUGAAGAUUCUAUACAAAAAGAUUGAAGACCUGAUCAAAUACCUGGAUCCUGAGUACAUGGACCGCAUUGCCAUACCCGAUGCCUCUAAGCUGCAGUUCAUCUUAGCAGAGGAGCAGUUUAUCCUCUCCCAGGUCGCGCUCCUGGAGCAGGUGGAGGCCUUGGUGCCCAUGCUGGACAGUGCUCACAUCAAAGCCGUUCCUGAGCAUGCUGCCCGCCUGCAGCGCUUGGCCCAGAUCCACAUCCAGCAGCAGGACCAGUGUGUGGAGAUCACUGAGGAGUCCAAGGCUCUCCUGGAGGAAUACAACAAGACUGUAUCCUUUCUGCUGUCCAGAGUCCUAUCCCCUUUUCUAUUUCUGGCUCUGGCUCUCCCAUCCCAUCCCAACCAGCCUCUCUACUCCCCUGCUCCUCCACCCUUCCGACAGGUACAAAAAUCUCUCCACUCCCUCUUUCAGACUCCUGUUGUCACCUUGACCUUCAAUCAGACAAUGCUUCUCUCCAAGCAGUUUGUGCAGUGGGAUGAACUACUUUGCCAGCUAGAGGCUGCCAAGCAAGUGAAGCCAGCCGAGGAAUGAUGGCUGCUGCCCACCCCAGGUGGGUCAGGACAACCAGGCUUCAAGCCCUGGGACAACCUGCCCUUGUAACAGACAGAGCAGAGGCAGCUCUCUAUUUAUUGGAUUCACACCCUACCUAGACAGGCUUAGGUGGGGCUCCUGCUACUUGAGAUUUGCUAUUUGCAUCCCUCCCCUCAUCAGUGUCCUAGUCCAGUGACAAUAAACUGUGGAGAUCAUUGAA